UCCAUUUUCUACCUGGCCAAGUGACGUGCGUGAGUUUGAUCAUAAUUCCCAGCCUCUAGUCCACAACCAUGCCCAUCUGGAUGGUGUUUGUGUUCAUGGUUUAGGUUGCACUGAAAGGUUGAAGAUGGGGAAUACAAUAGAACAUCCGUCUGUGGAGCUUCCCCCGGAGAAGCUGGUGAUGGUCACAGGUGGAAACACUGGGAUUGGAUAUGAAACAGCAAAGUCCAUAGCUGAGAUGGGAGCAAGAGUUUGCAUCGCGUGUCGCUCAGAGGACAAAGCUAAAGCGGCUAUAGAACGGAUGCAGGAAGAACAUAAGAACGAAAUGCAGAAGAGAAGUCCUGCAGAGAAUGCUGCUGCCCAGGCGUCAUCCCAACCCACUAGUGAAGAAAUUGAAAUCAAGCCACUGAAUGUGGAGUACAUCAAAGUGGAUCUCGCCUCGUUGCAAUCCACCAUGGACUUCAUUCAGAAGACCAAGGAGAGGAUGCAGUACCUUAAUAUCUUGGUCUGCAAUGCUGGCAUUGCCUUUGUCAAACAAGAAUACACAGAGGAUAAAUACGAGUCUCAAUUCCAAGUCAACUACCUGUCACAGCUCCUCAUUGUGCUGCAUCUCAUGCCGCUGCUGCGGGCUGGUGCCCCCGACUCCCGCAUUGUUCUCCUGUCAUCAGAGGCGCAUAAAGGUGGGAAACUGGACCUGGACAACAUGCAGGGCCGCAAAUCCUUCAGUCGGCUUACAGCCUACGCCUCAUCCAAGGCCUACAUGGUCAUGGCAGCACACUUUCUUGCUCGGAGACUGGAAGGGACCGAAGUGAGCACUUUCUCUAUUGAUCCUGGACUUGUGGACACGAAUAUUAUGAAUAACUUCAGUGAUUUGAAACUGAUGAGCUUUUUCGUUGGAGCUUAUAACAAAUUUGGUAUGAUGCGUACUCCGAAACAGGGGGCUGCUACAAGUGUCGUGGCCUGUGUUGAUCCAAGCCUUCGUGGGAAAACUGCAGUGUUCAUGAAGAAUUGUCGACCUGCUAACCCUGCAACCUUCUGUUGGGAUGGCAAAAAACAGGAGGACCUUUGGGAUUACAGUCUUGGAUGUCUCAACCAGUUCAUCUCUGAUGGUGUGCUCAAAGAAGCCUUCCCAUCAGCGAGGCCUGAUCUGCUGACCAUUCCCAAGGACACGAGGACAGUCGAAGAGAAGAUUGCUGAUGAUUCAGGGAAGAAAGAAGGGAGUUCAGGUGACAAAGAGAUGGGAGACAAAUCCAAAGGAGGAAAGGCAUCUUUAGAGAGAAAGCAGGAUGAGGAGCAACCAGAGAUAGAGUCUUCAUCUGGAGCUACAGAGGUACCCUCUAAAAAAGUCAAGGCAUCGCAGGAACCAUAUGGGGCUAAUUUAGAAGAAAAGAUACCUGAAGACACACUCAAAGAUGAAGACAACGAACCCAAGGCAUCCUCCAAACAGGAGCAGACAGAAGAGCAGCCGAAAAGAGAAUUACCAUCUGCAGCUGCAGAAUUACCCACUGAAAGGGUUAAGGCAGAGGAAAAACCCAGUGGGCAGGUUUCAGAGGAAAGGGGCGUGACAGAUAAUGCAGAAAAUAAGUAAUUAGCAGCUGAGAACUGCAGCAUCUUCAGAUAAUAAGCAGGUGUAGAACAACCAGAGAGGGAACCUUCAGCUCAGGCAGCUCCUGAAAUUGACCAGACAUCAGGAGAACAUAAGGCAGAUAAUGGGGAAAUCUGCAGGAGAUGAGGUGCAGAAGUUCAAGAAGGUGUACCGAUCACAGUUGGCUCCUAGCUGACAGGUGCUCAGAUCAUUGAAGCUAAUAAAAACAUUUACAAGAGGCCAAACUUGGCCAAAAAUUAUCAAAGUGGACUCCAUUAAAGAGAUUUGUGAUGAACUGAAAAUUUGGUGAAAUCUAAAUAAUAUUCAAAUUCACAAGGUUUAGGUGUAUAUUAAAGACCACAAGGUAUCGAAGAAAGAUUAAACCUUGGCAGAAACUGCCAGAGAGACUAUUUGGUCAUAGUACGUGAUGAUAUCUAGACUUGUAGAUAGUCCAGGCAAAAUACUUAAUUUUGAAGUGAACCUCACACAAAUUGCAACAGAUUUUAUUUUUCAUCACAUUGCACUUAUGUAAGGUCCCUAGAAUGGUGUAGUAACAGUCUUAAAAAUCCAAGUGGUGGAAAUAUGCCUAAUUUGCAUAAAUCGUUAAUACCUCUCCGGUAAUAUAUUUGUU